UAGAUCAAGGUUUUGAAGACAGCAAGGACAGAAGAGGCAAGCUGCUGAAGAGCGUCUCCGUCCUCAUACUCUUCCUGGAAUUCACCAGUCUCAGCGAAAAGUUGCCCAUCUCCUGGAAUGACUUCACUACAGCUUUUGCCAUGUUGGCUACCCUAAUGGUGCUGGCAGCAUCCAUCAUCUAUCCUAUCCAGUUCACUUGUCCCAGCUGUGGCAAACAGAUUGGUGCCACUGUUACUUCCUUUCUGGCCUUCAUCCUGUACGCCGUUGAGGUUGGGAUGACCCGCGCCAAAUCUGAUGAAAUUAGUGGAUUUCUGUCCACAAUCCCAGGCCUCCUCAAGGUUCUGGAGGCCUUUGUGGCGUGCAUCAUCUUCAUCUGCUUGGACCACGACAGGUACUCUAAGUAUCCAGGGCUCCAGUGGUGUGUUGCUGUCUAUUCCAUUUGCCUCAUUUUUGCCCUCCUUGUCAUCAUUUUUACCAUCGGUCGCCUUCUGUCCCUAUUUCCCGGACCAUUUAACAAAGUUCUGAUAUGCUGCAAUGUGUUGGCCGUAAUGAUGUACAUUACAGCUGUAGUCAUCUGGCCUCUGUAUAGCUUUGAGAACAAACCCAGGCCAACCUGCAAUGUACCUGCUGCAUGUCGAUGGUGGGAUAAUUUAGUGGUCAUAACUUUCAUGACCUGUUUCAACCUUAUCGCUUACAUGGUUGAUACUUUUUAUUCUUUUAGGCUGGUCUUCUUCACUACUUGAACAUAGGUCAGAAAUAUGCCUCAUAUUUCAGUUCAAGGUGAAUAUUAUGUAACAUGUGAAACCUUUUAUUUCAGUGUUGAUUUUAUGAUUAUCCCAACACUCUGGUUUGAUUUUAAUGAUCUAUAUGUGAGGAUGAUGCAUUUUCAGACAACAUAAAAAAACAGUGGCUGUGUCUAAUUUUUAAUUUUUGAUCUGUACCCCUGGGAGAUGUUGUAAUCCCAAUCUCCUCUCUUUCUCUCUUUCUUCCUCUAUGACUCUCACCUGAUCUUCAAAGAUUCUUUGAUGCAGCAUUAAUACAGUACUCAUACUCAUUCAGUGCAUAUGUUUGUUAAUUUCAGCAUGUGUAAUAUGCAUCUAAUGUAACAAAAGUGUGAGGUUUUUGUGCAUACUUUUACCACCAUGGGCAUCAAGAUUAGUUGUUUGUUUCAGCACUUUGGUAAUGAAUAAC